UCAUCCUCACCGUACUGUCGCAGACGAGGUCCUCACUCGUUCUCGUCAACCGGGUACGAGAAUAAACCUUCACGCUUUACCGUAUUACCGGUUUGCGGAAGACGCAGCACAGUACAGUACUAGCAACUUACAGGCUAGCAAAGACUCAUGCUUUCCACGUGAUAUGAUCGAUGUAAUUGAUCGACUGAUCGAAUGACACACUGCCACUGUCUCGCUGAAAGCGAAUCGCGUUCUGGAGUUGGAGGCAUGGGCGAACCCCCGGAGGGCAACCGCAGGACCGUUAUCAAGCUAAAGUGUGGUGUGUGCAUCCUAAUUACUGCUGAGGGGAAGCUGACAAGUUAUGACAGUUUGUUGAAGAACACCGAGAGCGUAUAAAAGAAGAUGCUAGUUGCAUUGUUCCCCGUUAGUUACGGUAGCUAAGUGGUUGCAGACGGAUCCCUGAAGUUGUAGUACAUCAGUUCAAAGAUAUAUUAGAAAACACAGUUACUUCAAGAUGAAGAUGCUAUUAGGAGCAAUCGCUUUGACACUGGUGAUUAGUGCAUUUGCUGCCCCGCUGGAUGACUCCCGAAAUGCCGAGAUCUUGCGGUACAGCAGCGAAAACAUUGGAAUUGAUGGGUAUCGAUUCGAGUUCGCCACAAGCGACGGCACAAGCCGAACGGAGGAGGCUGAGCUACGUAAUCCCGGCACGGAUAAUGAGGCGAUCGCCGUACGAGGAUCCUACUCCUACACCGGGCCCGACGGAACGGUGUACGUGAUCAACUACGUUGCGGACGAGAACGGAUUCCAGCCGGAAGGUGCACAUAUUCCCAAGUAGUUUCAUUCAAACUCAUUCAAACUCCAAAUCAUCCUUAUCCAGAAGCCAAAUUAUAGUGACAAAUUCUUUUGUGGGAGAACCUAUCGGGUUUUAAUGCAUUUUACCGUAAAAAAGUCAAGAACAAGUCAUCACUGUCUUUAGUUUCUCGAAUUCCUCCCAUCUACGAUCAGUUUGCUGAUGCGAUCAUGUUUGAUUUAAAAAAUAAAAAGCAAAAAAAUAACUCGAAGAAGAAGAAGAUCCUCGAUACCUUGAAAGUCGAAAAUUGAUGCAACACUGGUUCAGUUCUAUCUGGAGGCGCUCCUAUUCUACCGGUUUUUUUUACA